AUGGCAGCAAUGCCUGCAUAUAAUGAAGAACUUCGUAUCGGAGCGAUGGUUGAAGCCGUAAAGCCGUAUGUUGAUACGGUUGUUGUUGUUGAUGAUGGUUCAAGGGAUAAGACCGUUCAAAUUGCGGAAGAAGCAGGGGCAAUGGUAUUCCGACAUGUUGACAAUAAAGGUUAUGGUGGGGCUUUACAGACAAUAUUUAAAAUAGCAAAUAAGUAUAAACCAGAUAUAUUAGUCAUUCUUGAUUCAGAUGGUCAACACAAUCCAAGUGAUAUCCCUCAUUUUAUUGAAAAAGUCAAUGAAGGAUAUGAUUUAGUUAUUGGAUCGCGUUUUUUAACGCAGGAAUCACAGGAACGGAUACCUAGAUACCGCAAAGUUGGUAUGAAAGUUCUGGAUAUGGCAACCGAUCUGUCACUCGCCGGAACGCAUGUUAGUGAUUCUCAAUGCGGAUAUCGUGCAUAUACGCGUGAUGCAUAUACCAAAAUCCAUAUUUCCGGGGUUGGAAUGUCAGCGGGGUCAGAAAUUCUGGUUCAGAUAACGGAACAUAAACUACCAAUUGGUGAAAUUCCAAUUGUUGUUCGUUAUGAUUUGGAAGGAGAUACGUUGGAAUCAACGGUUAGAAUCAUGAGUGAAUCGGUGCCGACAUUUGCACCGCCGACCUGCAUACUGGAAAUAUUAACCUUGUUUUUACCAAGAAUUGUACCAACAGAACCGAUAAUUCCCGGACGAUUGAUGUGA